AUGGAAAGGAUUAAAGACUUCAAGAAAUAUAAGCAAAUUGGAAGAGGAGCUUUCGGAUUUGUAUAUUAUUGUAAAACUCCGAGAGAAAACUACCUGGAUCCGAUUUUGGAAGAUAGAAUAAGCCAAGGCCGGGAGGUAGCUUGUAAAUUAAUCAAAUUGGAAAAACUGACGAAGAAGAGUAAAGAAUAUUUGUUACAGGAGAUUGAAGCUUUGUGGAAAUGAAGACAUAAAAAUAUUCUCAGGAUGCUCAAAUUCAAGCCGGAUGGGAAUAAUAUGUACAUUUUCUUAGAUUUUUGUAAUGGAGGUAAUCUAAGAAGAUUCUUACAUCUCAACGGUAGAAGACUUCAAGAAGAUUUAAUCAGAAAGAUUGUCAAUAAUAUCGCUUCAGGCCUUAGUUUUAUGGAGAAAGAGAAACAGACAAUUCAUAGAGACCUUAAGCUAGAUAAUAUCUUAGUUCAUUUCCCUGAAUAUCCUGAUACUGGUGAAGUUCCGAAUGAGUAUAUUAGGGACUUUGAUCAUAAUAAACAAGAAUUUGAAGUAAUUAUUGCAGACUUAGGCUUUGCUAAAUAGACUUAAAGAAGCCGAAUACGCUGUAUCUUGUUGUGGAACUCAUCCUUAUAUGGCUCCAGAAAUUUUGAAGAAGAUGAAAUAUGCCUCUAAAGUAGACAUAUGGUCUAUUGGGAUUAUUAUUUAUGAACUUAUUGUUGGUCGCGUGCCUUUCAAUGGAGAAUGGGACAGUGAUGUUCUUAAACAAAUUGAGAUAGGAGAUUAUGAAAUCCCUAAUGAUAUGCAAUUGUCUAAAGAUUUUAUUCACCUUCUGCAACACUGCCUCCAAUAUGAUCCUGAAGAAAGGAUUUCUCAUGAUGAGCUGCUUGAACAUCCAUUCCUUAACAAGAAUAAUAGUUCUGGGAAGAUAGAAUCUGCUGUGGAUAUAGCUUUAAACCAAAGUUCUUCAUCAACAAUGUCUGAGAGCAACAUAAAUCUAUACACUGAAGUUCCUACUGAAGGAUUCUAGGCUGAAGUUGA